AUUCCCCAAAGAUCAGAGAACGGAAAAUCUUCCUCUCAAUGUUAUUCACAAGGACUUGGAUCCACGUAGAUACAGGAAUGUGUACUGCCUCCCAAAUCCCUAAAUAACCAGAGAUACGGACUACAAAACCCAUCUCAUCACAAUAAAUCAUGUUGGGGAAAAAGCUGGUGACAGCACAGAAGCGUGGGGACACCAGGGCACUCUUCCUGGGCUUGGGAAUGAUGGCAUGCUCGGUGCUGAUGUAUUUCUUUAUUGAGAUCACCAUUACACCAAAAUACAAGAAGAGCAUCUGGACCAAAGAAAGUAUAUGUGAAGUGAUGAAAGCCAGCAUCAAAGAAAAAGUCCACUGCAUAUUCAACAAGCACUCUGGGGAUGAGAAUAUUUUUCGCUAUCCUUGCCUAGAAGUCCAGGUCAAUUUGACUGCCUUGGGACAGGUGGUUAUGCUGUAUCACACCGAAGAUACUUGGACAAGAAACCCCAAGUGCUCCUACAUUCCUGGCAAUCUGGAGAAUUUUGGUGAAGUACAAAAGAACGUGGAAAGUAUAAAAAACAAUUUCAGUAAGAUCAAGAUAUUCCCUUGUUUUUAUGACCCCUCAAGAGCAGAACCCAGUGUUAUUUUAGAACGAUUGUACUCUCCAGCUGGAUUUGUCAUUACUAUGAUUUGGCCAACUUUAAUGAUGACUGGCGGGAUCUUAAUCAUCAUCUUGGUUAAAAUAAAUCAGUAUUUGUCAGUCUUCACAGCCUCACAAUACAUAAGACCAGUGUAGUAUAACAUUAGUCUUUAUUUCAUGUUCACUUACCAGCAUCUCAGGGAAGCUAGGCAAUCUCUCACCUUUAUACAGUGUGGACUAACAAGACGUAAAGGAAACACAGGGGAAGUUCACAGCUGGGAGCCACUCAAACAAUAUUUUUUGAAACAAACACAAUUAUUUUGGAUUUGACAGACUUGCAGAGACAUGACACACUCACAUUUCUGCUUCAGUAUUAUCCAGUGGUCAGAAGCCAAGGGGCCAUACUUUCACAUGCAGUGU